AUGUCUAAUCUAGAUGUUGAGGCACUGCUCGACGCAACGGCUAAGAACCCAGAGAAAAAGCCGAAGAGCCCUGAUGCUGAACGUUCCAAAGAUGAUGGUAAAUCUGAUAGGCGAGAUAGAGACUCCGACCGCGAUCAUGGCCGAGAACGUGAUGGCAGCCGUGUGAGAGACAGAGAUCGAGACUACGACCGUCGCCGCCGAGAUCGUCGAGAGUACAGCCUUACUCGAAGCCGCCGAGAAACGCCUGAUGCGGGCACUCCCCGCAGUGACACCGGCAGCCACAAAAGUAGGCGGAGAAGCAGGAGUCGUGAUGAUGACCGCCGUCACUCACGCCGCCACAGAGACGGCGAUUACUAUCGAGGUGGACGACGCUCGCGGUCCCGUUCGCCCCCUCGACACUAUCGCCCUCGCGAUGAUCGCGAUCGCCGAGACAGACGAGACCGAUCCGACCGUUACUCCAAUGAUUACGGCCGUGGCAGAGAUGAUGACCGUAAUGAUGCCCGCAACGAGGGGGGCAAUGCCCCGCUUACGGAAGACGAGCGAGACCGACGCACUGUCUUUGUCCAGCAGCUUGCUGCUCGGUUGCGCACUCGUGAAUUGAAAGAGUUCUUUGAAAAGGUCGGAGCUGUUAAUGAGGCUCAGAUUGUCAAGGAUCGAAUCAGCGGACGGUCCAAAGGCGUCGGCUACGUUGAGUUCAAAAAUGAAGACUCGGUUCAGCUAGCCCUCCAACUUACCGGACAGAAACUCUUAGGCAUCCCUGUCAUCGUACAGCAUACGGAAGCCGAGAAGAAUCGCCAAGCUCGCAACCCAGACUCAUCGAAUGGCCACCCCAAUUCCAUUCCCUUCCAUCGCCUCUAUGUGGGCAACAUUCACUUCAAUGUCACGGAGCAAGAUUUGCAAGCUGUAUUUGAGCCAUUCGGAGAACUGGAGUUUGUUCAACUCCAAAAAGACGACAAUGGACGCAGCCGUGGCUAUGGGUUUGUUCAAUUCCGAGACGCAGGCCAAGCUCGCGAAGCUUUGGAAAAGAUGAACGGCUUUGACUUGGCUGGUCGUCCUAUUCGUGUUGGCCUUGGCAACGAUAAGUUUACCCCUGAGAGCACUGCCAACCUAAUGCACAAAUUUUCCGGUAACAACCAGGGCUUCCAAGGCUCUGCGUUUUCCGGAGCGGGUGGCCGUGGCCAGCAGUCUACAUUUGACCGAGCUGGAGGCCGCGACAGCGAAAAGACCGGCGGUGCUAGCGCUUUGGAUGAUACAGACGUUGCUGGUGUCAACUUUAACAACUAUAGUCGCGAUGCAUUGAUGAGAAAGCUUGCCAGGACCGACGAAGCCCCGACCAAUGGCAAUGACGAACGCCAACAGAUCCUCAAGCCCAAAACGGAGACGAAACCCCUCCCUGUCAACGUAAACAUGGCGAGCCGUUGUGUUGUGUUGCACAACAUGUUUGACCCCACAGAAGAAGAGGGCGACGACUGGGUCAAGGAACUCGAAGACGAAGUUCGCCAGGAAGCCGAAGAACGAUAUGGACAUGUUGUUCACAUCUCGGUCGAUCCGAACUCCAAAGGAGAUAUUUAUCUCAAGUUUGACAAAGUCCAAGGCGGCGAAAAUGCCAUCAAGGGCCUCAACGGUAGAUACUUCGGCGGCCGAAUGAUCGACGCGUCACCUGUUGUAGACGCCGUCUACAGCAGUUUGUUCUCUCGCACCCGGGCAAUCUGA